GUAUCCUCUUCAUCAUCCUUACAACGGAUGUCAAAAUACUAUGGUUCUCGACCCCAGGCGUUUACCAUCGAUGAUUCGGGUGAACGCUAUUACAUUGGAGCAGAGGUUGGACAGUAUAUGAAGUUUCAUCGUGGAUCGCUGUAUAAAAAGUUUCCUCAGCUAUGGAAAAGAUUUGCAACAUUAGAGGAGAAAAGGAAAAUGCAAGAAAUGGCCUGUCCAUCGUCAUUUUUGAAUACGAAUAUAAUGUUGGUUAAAGCAAGCGAGAUCGAUGAAUUGUUAAGCGGUAAUGAGGAUAAAUAUCGUGCUGGUGGUGGGGCCUCUGUGACGUCACUGAAUGGGAAUUCUCCAUUGAAAACGACUAGAUCGGGAACUGGACCAUGGUUAGGGCAACAGGUGAGUAGUGGGUCACAUCAUCUUGAAUCGGUACCAUGCUCGACACCAAUCGCUCACGCUAGGGGCCAUAUGAAAAUUAGAGAUUACGCACACUCCCCUGACGAUCUUGAGAUGUAUAAACGUAUUCUUGAAAAUGCUAGCCAACCUGAAGACCUUGUUCCUAUUAGGUUAGAUAUGGAGUUGGAUGGUGUAAAACUUCGCGAUACGUUUUGUUAUAACAGAAAUGAGAAAAUGAUAAGUCCGGAGAUGAUUGCAGAGACGAUGUGCGAGGAUUUAGAUCUUCCGAUGGGGACUUUUCAUGCUGCCAUUGCACAGGCUAUACACCAGCAAAUUGAGGCAUCUGCUGAAGUGGCUCCCGUCGACACGACUUUGAGUGAUCAACGAGCUUUAUUGAAAUUAAAUAUUCAUGUAGGUAAUCAGUCACUAGUUGAUCAGUUUGAGUGGGAUAUGAGCGAGGAACGGAAUAGUCCUGAGUGGUUCGCGCAAAAGUUAUGUGCUGAACUCGGUUUAGGUGGCGAAUUUGUUGCUGCUAUCAGUUAUUCUAUUCGAGGGCAGCUUUCAUGGAAUCAACGUACAUAUGCAUACAGUGAGUCACCAUUACCGACAGUCGAUUGCCCUUUCCGUAAUCCUGCAGACGCAGAUGCUUGGGGACCAUUUUUAGAGACUCUUACUGAUGCUGAAAUUGAAAAGAAGAUGAGAGAUCAGGAUAGGAAUACCCGCCGUAUGCGUCGUCUUGUGAACUCAAAUCCGUAUGGGGCGCUCUAA